GUGGGUGCUUGCUUUAUACUUUUCAGACAAUGUCCCUUUAAAAGCCCCAUGUCUGGAAAGCCCAUUAGAUGUGCAUAUAAAAUUUCCCCUGUGAUUAAUAGUUUGAUGAGGCAGGGUUGGUUGGAGGGUACUACCAACAUGUGGCCGGCAGGGCUCCUCCUCUGCUGUCUCACGUUACACUCCAUAAACUUGCCACUCUUUCCCACCUAUAUGUUUAAAAAGGAGGAGGGCUCACUUGUCAAGAAUGCCUUAGAAGAGUUGUGAAAACAGCCAGCCCUGAGAACGGGAGUCAUAGAGUUGUGGAUGCAGCUUUCCCGCCGAGCAGCAAGUCAGUCAGAUCUGUGAAGGAGAGAGGGUGUGUGAGAGCAACGCAGAAGGGAAAGUGUGUGAGAGUGUGUGAGGACCAGAGGCUCCAAAGGACGUCACGCACGCUCCCAAAGAGACGGGGAAACGUGCUGUCACAGGAAGGUGUCUGUCCUCACGUGCUCUGGGCUGUGGAAGAGUCAACAGCCUCUGACAGAAGUGAGUAGAUGCAGUGAAGACGAUGGUGUGCAUUUAGUCAGCUGCAGUGGAUAUUCUUCAAAAGUGAAUAAGAUACAGAUUUCCAGUCCUAACUUACUUUCCGAGAGGGGUUUAAAUUCCUCGACGAGGAAAAGACUUGUAAUAAGAUUGUACUCGAGGUUGUGUGAAGUGUUUUUGUAUCACCAUGGAUCAGCCGGCCAGCAGCUGCAUGCGGAGCGCCCAUCCCAGCAGCCCCAUCUGGGGCUGCAUGAGGAACCCUCACUCCGGGGUCCCAGGAGCCAAUCUGCAGUCGCCCUACCAGCAGGCCCCUUUCUCCCUGCACCAGAAGCCUGAGUUCCUGGCCUACACAGACUUCUCCAGCUCCUGCCUGGUGCCAAGCACGCCGCACGCAGCCUACCCCCGCGAUGACAGACUGUACCAAGAGAGCCAAGGGGGUUACCAAAGAGCUGACUGGCAGUUCAACCAAUGUGAGACCCGCGUGAGAGCGCCUGAGGCCUGCCCGCCCGUUGCCCCUGCAGUAAUAGGUGGUGGCGGCAGUGGGGCUGGAGGGCCUGAGCUGGACAAUGUAGGGGGGGACAGGCUUCCAGGCACCGUGCCCGGAUGUAUGGACGGAGAAUACUCACCCCAGAGCGUGGCGUCGGCCGACUCGGACAAGAAGAGCUCCAAUAAGAGGAAGAGAGAUGUCACAGAUAUCCAGGAGUCCAGUUUUAAGGUGGACUCCAGCUGCAAGGCGAGGAAAGAGCGUACAGCGUUCACCAAGGAGCAGCUGAGAGAACUCGAGGCAGAGUUCACCCACCAUAACUACCUGACCAGGCUGCGUCGCUACGAGAUCGCUGUAAACCUGGACCUCACAGAGAGACAGGUUAAAGUUUGGUUUCAGAACCGACGAAUGAAGUGGAAGAGAGUGAAGGGAGGACAAUCGGCUUCGCCCAAUGAGCUGGAAAAUGACGACAUAGACUCGGCUGCCUCGCCCAGCUCUGAAUGAUAUUAAAAUAAAAAGAGGUCUGUGCUCAACUGGACACCGACGCAACCUUCGCUUUUGUGGAAAGUUUGUCUCCAGGAACCAAAUAAUUCCAGAGACUCUUUCAUUCCCGAGAAGAAAACACUGAGCAUCUUUCACUGUUUUCUCUUGUAAAUAGUUGAUUUAUGUCCAUAAUGAACUGCAUUUUCAUACACCUUUGAUAAAUAUUCUGUUUAAGAGGCUUCACUCUUAAAGAUGAUACCCCUGAUCACUGUAUAUUAGUGACAAAGUCCAUACAGCAGCUUUAAGGCUAGUGAUGACAUAUCAGACUAUGAUGUGAUUGUGUUUGAGGUCCUCCCCUUUGCUUCCAGUAUUGUAAUCAUGGCCUUUGACGCUUGACUACAACCACCUGGGAAAACUCAGACUGCACAAGUGUUGCCAAGCCCUAAGUGCCUCCGAAUGAGAUUUUUUUUUUCAUUUUGACAAUUUCUUUUUCCUAGAAUAUAGUUGUGUUUUUUUUUUUUCAGUAAGGCAUUUUUACUACAUUUUUAUACCGUUUGAAUGUUAUUGAUAAAACACAGAUGUUGACUGUUCCUGCAAAUAAAAUAAAUCAUCUGUUGCAAA